AUAUGGGGAUGGGUCAAAGUGAAUUGUAGACGUCAUUAAGUUGUAGUGUUUUUAUCUCACUAUCCUUUCAUAUCUUAAUACGGAAUUGCUUAUUUUAACUAAACAUGAAAAGUAACUUCAGGAUUCAUUGUAAAAACGCUGAUGGAGCCGGGUGGGAGUCAGCUGGAGUCUGAUUUUUCCCAACAGGAUACACCAUGUCUGAUUGUUGAAGAUUCCCAGCCUGAGAGUGAAAUUCCUGAAGACGAUCCAGAAGACGGGUACCGCAGCAUACUGGUUAGGCGUCUUUCAAACCUACAAGUAGAAGCAGAGAGUCCAUUAUUGGAAUUGGCUUCCAGUACUAAGUGCAUUAAUUCUGAGGCAGUGAAGGACAAAGAACCUGGAAAUAAACCUCUGUUAAUGGCGGACCAGAAAGAAGAUUGUGAUACAGGUGCCUUGGAGACCUCUGCUGGCCAGAGGUUAGACUGUGAAUCUCAAAGUCAAGUUAUUGAAAGGCUCUUUCCUAUGCCACUGUGGAAAGAUAGUGAGUUCUUGACUGCGGAACAGGAGGAAGCACAUGAGUUCGAUGGAUCAUCAACACAGUCCCUGCACUCUGAUACUGGCACGUCUCAGGCAGCCUUUGGGAUCCUGGAACUGUCUCAGAGUCAAGAGUUAGAAGAUAAACCAACCUUAAGCGAUGUGUCUCUGAUCAGAAAACAGCAUAGUUUGGAGGAAGAACAGCUUAAUACUGAAUCUGUGGUGAGACAUGACAGAAAGAAAGAAGAAACUGUGCAUUUAGCCUCAACAGAGUCUACUUCAAGAACUAGACAAGAUGAAAGUUUAGAAAGGCCAGAUGAAUCUUCUAGUACAGUACUUCAGCAGGAAGAGAAGAGGAACAAGGGGAUGUCUCUUCAGGAAGUACUUUGUGGGAAGUUGGAGGCAGUGAGGACAUCUAUUCAAAAUCUGGAAGAUUCUGAAAUUUUAUCAUCCCAAGAAGAUUUGUUUGACCAAAAUAAAGCAGAUCACAGUUUUCUGUGCAGAAUGCCUUUUGCAGAGGGAAAGACUACAUUUGUUUCAACUCCAGCUGACAGCCUUCAGCUUCUUCAGCUUUCAGGGCCUGCAAGCCUUGCACCAGAGAGCCUGUCACAGGAUACUCCUGAUGUGAUUUCUCCAUCCCCAGAUGCCUAUAGGAAUACCCCUAUUAUUGUUCCUAGCUCUCCCACUGAACAGGAUGGAGAACAAGAAGAGCCUAUGGAUACAUCACUUCCACCAGAGUCUGAUCAUCCAUAUGGGGAAAAGAAACCAGAUGAACCAAUGGAAACUGAUCAUCAAAUGUUUAAUUUAGAGUCCAGUGCCUGUCCUUUGCCCAAGGCUGCUUCUACACCCGUAUCACAGAAUCCAAACUCAUGCAACUCGAAGUUAGUUCCAGUGCCAACUCAGCCGGAAUUCUCUCAUGAUAUCUUCAUUGCAACCCCAAGCCUUAACCUGAGUACUGGUUCUAAUGGAAGUGGUAUUUCUAAAAGUCAUGCCAAACAUUCUAACGGUGAUGGUCCAAGGUUUACAGAAACAAAAGUGCAAGAUAUAGAAGAAGCUGGAAAUGUUGAGCAUGAGGUCACAGGAGACCAGUACCAACUGCAGCUGUCCAUUAGUGAGUGUAGUCAGCCAACAGAUGCCGAUAGCAAGACUGUGAAACACAGCAAUGAAGAUGGUGAAAAUACACAAGUAGCUGUACCGCAGAGAACUUCUACACAAGUCACACAUAGCCCAUCCUUAAGGGACAACAGCGUUGAUUUGCUAGAUGUUAGAAAAGGUCAUUUUAAUUCAGGUGGAAGUCCAACACCUUCUAAAUCCCAUGUUGCCAAAGAACCAGAGGCAGAACUUGCUAUGAUAGAUACUGAAUGUGGGGAGGAUGCUUUAAGGGAGACUGCAAAGCUGACUGUAUCCAAGAGUGACUCCAGCUAUGUACCAGGUGCUCCUGCUUCCCAGAAGUUUGUAAGCCAUCCUUAUAUUUCCACUCACCCACAAACUGAAAUGGAGACGUCUAUAGACUCAGUUUCUUUUACUGGUAAGGGUAGUGAAACAUUUGAACAAAGCUCAGUGAAGCAGAUUUCAGAAACUUCAUUAGAGGAGCAAUCAAAAACUGUGGCUGGUACAUGGAAAGAAAAGGAAGUGGGUGGGACUGUGGAAGGAGAUGCUUACUUUAAUCUUGCAUUAUCACAGACUCAGACGCAAAAGUCAUCUUUUUCUGUAGGAAUGCAGUUUCAACAGGAUCACAAGACUAAGGAAGAAGAUCCACAUGAGGUCUGUAAGCAGAGUACAAGAGACAUUUCCUUAGAAUUGAAUCAGCAUUCUCAAAGACAACAGCUGUUGGACCAAGGGCAGACAAGUCAUGUGUGCAAACAUGUUUCAACAAAUAAUGCAAGUCUGGACAUUCAAAUUCCGCAAAAUAUAACACUGAAUGAACAAAUCACAAAGGACUCAAAGGCAUCAGAUGAUUCUUUUCAGGCCACAGCAGAUGAAUCCCAGGCUCUAAUAGCAAAAUCUGUUGUAAUAGAGUCUUGGCACAAGGAGGAAAAACUGUUUCUUACAAGAAAAUCUCAACCCAAAUCAUCUCCGCUUAUGGCUGAGUGUCAUGCUGCGAAGGAAGAGUGUCAGUCUUCGAAGUUGGAGUCUCAGGUAUUGAUUGCAGAAUCUCAAGCACUGAUACCAGAAUAUGAAGCUGUACCAGCAGAAUCUCAAGCAGUAAUGUCAGAGUUUGAUCUUGAAGUAGCAGAAUCUCACCCAGAGGUGGUGGAAUCUCUGUCCAUGGAUGCAGGGUCCAAGACUUCUGCUUUAGGACCCGAGUCUUUGAUAAAGUUUCCAGUUAUUGAGCUGGAGUCUAAAGCUGUAACUUCAGAAUCUCAGCCUAUGGUUCUGGAGUCUGAGCCAGUAGAAGUAGAGUCUUCAGCAGCAGCUGUAGAGUCUCACCCGACAGAGGCAGAGUCUUCUCCAAUGGCUCUGGGAUCUUCUCCUGUGGGUCCUUGUUCUUCUCCAAUGGCUCUGGGCUCUUCACCAGUGAAUUUAGAUUCUUCUCCAAUGGCAAUGGAGUCCUAUGCUGUAGUUCAUUCUUCAGAAAUUCAGGAUAUUUGGAAAGCAGAGGAUGUGGUUACUACUGAAUGCAUAGCUGUGGAAGAGUUGGAAGUCAGUGAGGCAAAACGGCAAGAAGAGAAUGUUUGUGAGGACAGUGGAGUUGUUCUUAAGGCUAACUUAGAACUUUCAGCAGAAAAGCAGGCUGUCUUACCAGAACAAAGUCAGCAGUAUUCUGAGCAAGUGUCUAAACCAUCAGAAGUGUUGCCAGCAAACGUAUCUAAUCAGCUGUCUUCUGAAAGUCAUGGAGAAGGAAAAACUUCUGAGAACUCCAGGAGAAGUUUGUCAGACACAUCCACUGAUAAUCCGUUUCAGUUUACUUUGCCAAAGGAUGGAGAUGUCAUUCAGCCUUUGACCAGCACUACUCCACCAUUGAUUGGCCAGCUAAAACGUGCUCCAAGACAUAGUACUCCAAUUGAACUUGGUGGUUGUCCAGAAACAGCAAUAGUUACUAGUUCUGUUACAGCCGAGAACAGUGAAGUUGUAUGCGAGGAAAGUGCAAAGGGGCAUUCAAGGACACCAUCUGAAGCAGAUGAGAAACUCAGCCUGGGGAUGAGGAUUGUGACCCCACAGAGUGAAUCACAAGAAGAAUCUCUCCGAUUCAGCCUAGAAAAGCCUGCAGUCACGGGGACUACUGAGGGUGUGCCUACUUUGCCCAUCACUAGCCAGUCACAAAGUGUGUCUGUUUUCAACAAGGUGUGUGAUGCACGGCGAGAAGCUGAAGCUAAAAGCCAUGACCUUUCGUGUGCUGCAGUCAGCACGCAGGAGGAGGAAUCCAAUGAAGAACUGAGAGCCUGGCAGCGCGAACAACGUGUAAAACAGAUUGCUAGAGGACAGAUAAUCAUAACACAACCCAGUCAGAAUGGAGGUAGUGAAGAAUUUAUUGUUGAGGAGACUCCAGAAGGACACUUGCCAGAGCCAUCUACAAGCAAACAAGAAACUAGGAGUGAUGAGAGGUUUGAUGAGGAAGACAUGGAAGUGGACCAAAGUGGAGGACAUCUAGUGGAGUUCAAAGACCAAGGGAGAGUAAACAACAAAAAUGAGAAAACGAAUGCACAGCAGACUCAGGCUUCUAAUGAUGCAGAGUCUGUAGGAUUAUUGGAUGGAAAAGGAAGUUCAGAAGUGAUUACUGGUGCUGCUGUACAGGAAGAGGAAUGCAAUCCAGGUGGUAGAUUGAGCUCAACUUCUGCCACUGUGACUGCUUCUACUCAGACUGAGGAUAGUGUGAACAGUAAAUUGAUGCAAAGUCCUUUAAGACAGGAUGCCAUGGUUCAGACUGAGGGAGCUGUACGAGCUGAAAGUAGCAGAAAAGACCCUCAUAUUCACGGAGAUGAUACAUUGUCUGUUCAAAGUCAGGGAGAUGAAGAAUUUGACUCACCACCUCCACCUCCUGGGCGUAUGCUUCGUAGACACAUUCGGACUAUUCGUGAAGUUAGGACGACUGUCACUCGAAUUAUUACUGAUGUUUAUUAUGUUGAUGGAAAGGAAGUAGAGAGGAAGGUGGUAGAGGAAACAGAAGACCCUAUAGUUGACUGUCAGGAAAUUGAAAAUGAAGUUUCACCUUCCCGGACAGCAGGAUCAGUAACCUCAGGUGAUCUUGGUGACAUUAGUUCCUUCUCUUCAAAAGCUUCAAGCCUGCAGCGGACAUCAAGUGGAGCAAGUAGUGUCAUGUCAGCCAUGCAUAGUGGUAGUGGGAGCAGCACAGACAGAGGUAAAAUUCCAGUACUCAAAGGCAAAGCUGGAGUAACGGACUCCCGGGAGUUUGCGAUUCCUAGCAGUCGUGUAGCUCAAGGAAAGCUGAGUCCUCGAAAGACCAGAGCUCAGUCAGGGUCUCCACAGAGGCAAACGGCACAAUCUGAGCAUUUGGAACUUCCUCUGGUUGAAGAAGCUGGAGAGAGAUCUUCGCCCAAGGAUAUUCUUAAAACCACAACAACACCACGAGGGAGAGGCAGAAAAGGACGACAGCUAACCCGAUCUUUUGGAACCAGAGAUACCCUGGCAGCACAACCCGAAGACCACACAAGCCCUGGCACAACCUCAGCAUCUCCAGAUGAAGAACCUUACACCAGAAUUACUGUCCGUUUCAAAGAAGCCAGUAGUAGACCAAACCAGGAAACACCUGUCCGUCGGAGUGAUUCUCCUGAAGUUAUCCCACAAAAAUCUCCUAGUACCUCUGAUAACUCUGAUUCAACAAGCAGCAGCUUUGUAGGACUACGUGUUGUGGCAAUGUGGUCAUCAAAUGGUUACUUCUACUCAGGGAUAAUAAUCAAAGAUGCUGGUGCAGGAAAAUUCAGAUUGCGUUUUGAUGAUGGCUAUGAAUGUGAUGUUAUGGGGAAGGAUAUUCUGUUGUGUGAUCCUAUACCAGUCGACACUGAAGUUACUGCGCUUUCAGAAGAUGAGUACUUCAGUGCAGGUGUUGUGAAGGGGCACCGCAAGGAUGCAGAGGAGCUAUAUUAUUGUGUGGAGAAGGAUGGAAAGCGAAAGUGGUACAAACGGAUGGCAGUUAUCUUGUCCUUUGACCAAGGUAGUAAACUGAGGGAACAGUAUGGUUUGGGGCCCUUUGAACCAACAACACCUGUCACCAAAGCUGCAGAUAUCAGCUUAGACAACUUGGUAGAAGGGAAGAGAAAAAGACGUAUUAACGCUGUUGAUGCCACAACUCCGACUCGUAAAACAGCAGAUAGCCCACGUAGUGCUGCAUUGUCAGGAAAGAGAAAGUUGAUGAGCUCAGAAGAUGAGAAUUCACCUAGCAAACGUGGACGCAGAAUAGCAGCACGAAAGUCACUUGGUAAUAUUCAAACAAAUGAAUUCAGUAGUCCUUCAGAAAGUGGAGAUAACUUGGCAGGGAUGUCAGCCAUGGAGGAGCCACAUGGGCCACUUCCCCAAAACAAAACACUUUUUGUUGGGUUUGCAUUUCUUCUGACCACUUCAACUAUAACAGACAAAAAAACAAACCGUCCAGUUCGGCGAGAGGUUACUGGAGGGAGCAGUGAGGAUGAGGAAGAGUAUGUUGAGACUGCCCCGUACAGUAAGAGAUACACAGAAUCCCAGCUCCGGGCUGGAGGGGGUUAUAUUCUGCAGGAGUUCAAUGAAACCCAGUGUAAAACGGCUCAUCAGUGCCUCCUGAUUGCUGAUCAGCACUGUAGAACACGGAAGUAUUUUUUGUGUCUUGCAAGUGGGAUUCCAUGUGUCUCACACUUCUGGGUGAGGGACAGCUGCCUUUCAAAUGAACUGCAGAACUUUAAAAGCUAUCUCCUACCAGCUGGCCAUAGCCUUCACUUGGAUAGAAUACUGGAAUGGCAUUCAAGACAGAACCCUUUUCACGACUUAAAGGUUUUACUUGUAUCAGACCACCAACAGAACUUCUUAGAUCUCUGGUCAGAAAUCCUGAUGGUUGGAGGAGCAUCAUCAGUAACUCAACACAAAUCAGACUCCCAAAAUAAAGAUGUUGCCCUCGGAAUAUUUAAUGUAAUGGUGACAGAUCAAUCCUGCCCUUCAUACCUUUUAAAAUGUGCCAAAGCACUAGAUUUACCUGUUGUGUCGCAGGAAUGGGUGAUUCAGUGCCUCAUCAGCGGAGAGAGACUAAGUUAUGAUCAGCAUCCCCAGUAUAAACACAGCUACGUUGCAAGCUAGACUACCUUUUGUUAUUCGUGUUUUAUCUCUUUAUCCUUUUAAUGCAAAUUUUAGAGGAUUUUAACCAUCUCCUGUUUGUAAUGGCAAAGUGCAUGUAUUAACUGUACAUAAUUUUAUUGGUUUGGAUUUUUAUGAUAAAAUAAAUGUAAAACUUUUAUUACUA